AUGGCCCUGGAUCAAGCAGGCGGCGGCGUGCCCACCGAAAAUAUGAGCGGUCGUGCUCCGGGCCUUGACGCACAAGGUCUCGAUAGAAGUACGAAUCCUCCUGCGUCUAUUGAUGACUACAACCGCGUCAUGCUGCAGUAUACUCAACAGCAGUUGGCUGCCUUCACCAACAAUGGCGACUUCGGUGAUCGCCGCAGCAGCGCUACCAGUGGUAGUAGCGGCCACAGCAAUUCGUCAUCCGUCACCAACAUGGCCAGCGCUGGAAACGGUCCUCCUCCCAGGCGAAGUGGAUCUGGCCGCUCAUCUAAAGAUAAACGCACUUAA